GUUGUUUGCAGCUUGGUGUCUUCUAGUUCCUCAUUUCCUGUUUGCUGGUUCCUGGUUUGUGUUUUUCCUGAAUUUUGGAUAUUAAAUCAUGUUUUCCUGCACCAAACCUACCAUCUCUGCAUCUUGGGCAUCAAAGUGGCAGUCAGUGUUGUGUCUGCCGCGGAGGCACACCGCAUCCGAGGAGCAAGCGAGCAUCAGGCCGGCCCGGCUCUACUUUCCAGCGGCAUCAAUCAAAGGAAAGGCGAGCUUUUUGGAUCAGACUCACGCCUAACGACCAGUCUAGCCGCUCGAACCCAGCCCGGAACAAGCAAGCACUCAUCCCAGGAGAGUCGACAUGGGGUAUGGACGGUCGGACAGCUACCGCGUGGCUACCACGCAGGACAAAGAUGAGAAGGAGUCGCCCAAGAAGAAGGGAGGCAAGGAUAUGGACGACCUCAAGAAGGAAGUCCCUAUUACGGAACACAAGAUGUCUGUGGAGGAAGUAUGCAGAAAAUACAACACUGACAUUGUCCAGGGUCUGACCAACGCCAAGGCGGCAGAAUACCUGGCCAGGGAUGGCCCCAAUGCGCUGACCCCACCCCCGACCACUCCGGAGUGGGUCAAGUUCUGUCGCCAGCUGUUUGGUGGCUUCUCCAUCCUGUUGUGGAUCGGCGCCAUCCUCUGCUUCCUGGCCUACGCCAUCCAGGCGGCCACCGAGGAUGAGCCGGCUGGGGACAAUUUGUACCUUGGUAUUGUGCUGUCAGCUGUCGUCAUCAUCACCGGCUGCUUCUCCUACUUCCAAGAAGCUAAGAGCUCCAAGAUCAUGGAGUCCUUUAAGAACAUGGUCCCUCAGCAAGCGCUGGUGAUCCGUGAAGGUGAGAAAAUGCAGAUCAAUGCUGAGCAGGUGGUGGCAGGAGACCUGGUGGAGGUGAAAGGAGGAGACCGGAUCCCUGCCGACCUCCGCAUCAUCUCCUCCCACGGCUGCAAGGUGGACAACUCCUCCCUGACUGGCGAAUCAGAGCCUCAGACCAGGUCACCUGACUGCACCCAUGAGAACCCUCUGGAGACCAGAAACAUUGCCUUCUUCUCCACCAACUGUGUUGAGGGCACAGCACGCGGUAUUGUUGUGUGCACAGGCGAUCGCACCGUGAUGGGCCGCAUCGCCACACUCACCUCAGGCCUGGAGACGGGCAAGACACCCAUCGCCAAGGAGAUCGAGCACUUCAUUCACAUCAUCACCGGCGUGGCCGUCUUCCUCGGCCUGUCUUUCUUCAUCCUGUCACUCAUCCUGGGAUACUCCUGGCUGGAGGCUGUCAUCUUCCUCAUCGGCAUCAUCGUCGCCAACGUGCCCGAGGGCCUGCUGGCCACCGUCACCGUGUGUCUCACACUGACCGCUAAGCGAAUGGCCCGCAAGAACUGCUUGGUGAAGAACUUGGAAGCCGUGGAGACUCUGGGCUCCACCUCCACCAUCUGCUCGGACAAGACGGGCACGCUGACCCAGAACAGGAUGACUGUGGCCCACAUGUGGUUUGACAACCAGAUCCAUGAGGCUGACACCACUGAGGACCAGUCUGGCUCUUCUUUCGACAAAAGCUCCACCACGUGGGUGUCACUGGCCCGCGUUGCUGCCCUGUGCAACCGUGCUGUGUUCAAAGCUGGCCAGGAGUCUUUGCCCAUCCUGAAGCGCGAGGUGGCCGGCGACGCCUCCGAGUCGGCCCUGCUCAAGUGUAUCGAGUUGUCGUGUGGCGCCGUCAAGGCGAUGAGGGACAAAAACAAGAAAGUCGCCGAGAUCCCCUUCAACUCCACCAACAAGUACCAGCUCUCCAUUCACGAGGGCGAGGAGGAAAACGACAACCGCUAUCUCCUGGUGAUGAAGGGGGCUCCAGAGAGGAUCUUGGACCGCUGCUCCACCAUCAUGCUGCAGGGAAAAGAGCAUCCCAUGGAUGAGGAGAUGAAGGAGGCCUUUCAGAAUGCCUACCUGGAACUGGGAGGACUAGGGGAAAGAGUAUUGGGUUUCUGCCACAUGUUCCUGCCAGAAGAAUCGUACCCAAAAGGUUUUGCCUUUGACACAGAGGACGUCAACUUCCAGACGGACAACCUUUGCUUUGUCGGCCUCAUGUCCAUGAUUGACCCGCCGCGUGCCGCUGUGCCUGAUGCUGUGGGCAAAUGUCGCUCUGCCGGCAUCAAGGUCAUCAUGGUGACUGGGGACCAUCCAAUCACCGCCAAGGCCAUCGCUAAAGGCGUGGGCAUCAUCUCUGAGGGCAACGAGACCGUUGAAGACAUCGCCGCACGUCUCAACAUCCCCGUGAGCCAGGUCAACCCCAGGGAUGCAAAAGCCUGCGUGAUCCACGGGACAGACCUGAAAGAUCUCGACCAGGACCAGAUGGACGACAUUUUAAAGAAUCACACAGAGAUAGUGUUUGCCAGAACAUCCCCUCAGCAGAAGCUCAUCAUUGUCGAGGGCUGCCAGAGACAGGGUGCCAUCGUGGCUGUGACGGGCGAUGGAGUCAAUGACUCUCCUGCCUUGAAGAAAGCAGACAUCGGUGUCGCCAUGGGAAUCUCUGGCUCAGACGUCUCCAAACAGGCUGCUGACAUGAUCCUGCUGGAUGACAACUUCGCCUCCAUUGUCACUGGAGUAGAGGAGGGCCGUCUCAUCUUUGACAACCUGAAGAAAUCCAUCGCCUACACACUCACCAGCAACAUCCCUGAGAUCACCCCCUUCCUGUUCUUCAUCAUGGUCAACAUCCCUCUUCCUCUUGGCACCAUCACCAUUCUCUGCAUCGACCUGGGAACUGACAUGGUGCCGGCCAUCUCUCUGGCCUACGAAGCAGCAGAAAGCGACAUCAUGAAGCGUCAGCCCAGGAACCCGCUGAGGGACAAACUGGUCAACGAGAGACUCAUCAGCAUCGCCUACGGACAGAUCGGUAUGAUUCAAGCUCUCGGAGGCUUCUUUGCCUAUUUUGUCAUCAUGGCUGAAAAUGGCUUCCGGCCCUCUGUGCUAAUGGGCAUCCGGCUCAACUGGGACGACCGCUCCAACAACGACCUUGAGGACAGCUACGGCCAGCAAUGGACAUAUGAGCAGCGCAAGAUUGUGGAGUUCACGUGCCACACAGCCUUCUUUGUCAGCAUCGUGGUGGUGCAGUGGGCCGACGUCAUCAUCUGCAAGACCAGACGCAAUUCUGUCUUCCAGCAGGGCAUGAAGAACAAGAUUUUGAUCUUUGGCCUGUUUGAGGAAACUGCCCUGGCUGCCUUCCUGUCUUACUGCCCUGGCAUGGACGUGGCACUGCGCAUGUACCCGCUCAAGCCCAGCUGGUGGUUCAUUGCCUUCCCGUACAGUUUCCUCAUCUUUGUUUACGACGAGAUCCGAAAACUCAUCCUGCGCCGAAACCCUGGAGGUUGGGUGGAAAAGGAGACGUACUAUUAAAUUAUCAAAGCGUCAUAAACGUCUGAUCUUCCUCCCCCAGCCUCUCCCUUCCUGUCUGUCCUCUGCCUCCCCUCUCUGACCUCUCACUGGACCUUUCUCAAGCUCCGCCCCCAUCUGGCCUCUCCCGCACUCACACCAACGGCUAAUUGGCACGUAAAGGCCGGCAACCGUCCGUUGUUGUUGUUGUUUACGUUCAGACGAGCGCACGUCGGCAUGGUAACAAACCAGUGCAGCUAUCGACUGCCUAGAGUGUUUACGCUUCCUCUAUUCUCUUCUUAAAAAAAAAAAACGCCACGAUUCCACCAGGACCAACGACAAGGGGAGUGCAUGUUGGCUUGGGAAAUGCCCCCAACAACAUUUUCUCCAUCCCUGUACAGCACCUUCCUGCCAGCCGCCGCCAUCGUGCCGAUGCUUGUUGCCAUAGCGCACCAAGCCGCCGCCUCCACUUUCAAAACGAGACCUGACUGUAUGCCGGCUACUGCCAAUGUACCAGACGGUGAACGAGGUGGGGCACAUUUUUAGUUUUUAAAAACAAAGUUUUUGGGAUUUUGUUUGUAUCCAGCUUCCGUAUCACUGCCAAUCUUCUACUGCCACUCCUCUUCCUCGCCCUCCCUAUCAACCAAUCUCAAUCUCUCCCUGGAAAGGUCACUUCCUCCUAUCGCCCUCUCCUCCUUGUGUUGUUGUUUUCUAGCAGAUGACUGUGUGGGUUUUUUUUUUUUUGUAUUUUAUUUUUUAUUUUAUUUUACAUUUGCGUGUGAGUGCGAGAGCCGCUAGGUUUCAUUUGAAGGUGACAAAGCACACUGCCCUCCAUCCCCACCUCCACCGCGCCUGUCUUAUCCGUCUCCGUUUAUCAGUUUGUGAACGUCGUGCAACAGCCGCCGUCCUCGCAGCCCUCUUUCUUUCACUUACGUACCACUCCUUCCCCGGGCUCCGCCCCUUUAUUCCUCACCUAACCCCGCCUCCUGUUAACAAGAAAAAAAAAGUCAAUCUUUUUGUGUCCUUGGGAAAAGAGAUUUCUCUGCGAUUUCAUUAUUUUCAUCAGUGUAAAAGUGCAAGUGCGACACCUUGUGAAACACCAGAGGAAAAAAAAAACAUAAAAGAAAAACAGAAGAAAUUAUAUAAAAUUGAAAGAUUUCUCUUUUUCCACUUAGGUUUCCAGUUUGUUUUUGUGACAUGACAAUGGAAAUAAACGCUGUGAACAGUUGUCACUAA